GCGAUACACUUUCCUAUUGGGGAAACGGUGGACUAUGCAUCCGAUUCGUGCACUCUGGAGAUCCGGUUACAGCCUGCGUCGGCCUACUCAGAGCGUAGUCACGUGCGACCCUCGCGCGUCCUACGCUUCCUUGAACGGAUUUUGUUCCCUGAUUUGGCUAAACGACUAGAUCGAGAGCUAAAGGAUCAGGGGAAAACCACGCUUAUCCGUAGUUUUGCUCUGACAGCAUUAGCGCGUCAGCAGCAAACCGCCGGUAGAGCAGGGGCCGAAGGACCUGGGACGGCAGAUGAGGAUGAGGAAGGCGCUGAAAGGGAGGGUGGCAACCUGAGUGCUUGGAAGAGUUCUCGGGCA